CACCACUCCAAACAAUUCAGAAUCCCCUCUGCUUUCCUCGAUUCCACAAGUGCAGAACAGCAAGUGCUGCACAGACAUAGGGAAGAUAACAGUGCGAGGAAAGAGAGAGGAUUAUCCCAGCUCCCAGGUGGGGGACUACACUGAUCAUCUGUAUUAUUGAUGGUGAGCCUGUACUGAUGGGCUGAGGACCUCUGUCUUCAGCUCCCCAUGGUUGACCAUUACAACUUUGGAUCUUCAAUAUCAACCUAAAGGAAAGCAAUUAUUAUCAUGAAAGGGAUUAGGGCGAUAUUCUAUUACUUCUUAGUGGAUCUUUUGACUUUACUCUGCUGGGCACAGGGCAAAGGUGGUCAACAUUUUGGAAGCACUGUGGUGGUGUCUGAUGUCAACCUUUCCAACCAUGGAGACCAAGGGUCAUCAGAGCCCCCUCAGACUGCUGAGGGUUGCAGGGGUUACUUUGAUGUCAUGGGGCAAUGGGACCCACCGUUCAACUGUAGCUCGGGGGAAUUUCUCUACUGCUGUGGCACUUGUGGCUUCAGAUACUGCUGUAAGUUCAAACAAGCAAAACUGGACCAAAACACCUGCACUAACUAUGACAGACCAGUCUGGCUGCAGCCUGGGAAGACACCCCCUAAAAUUGUUGACCCUGCGCAUGACCCCACUAGGGAUAAAACAAAUUUGAUUGUCUACAUCAUAUGUGGAGUAGUGGCUGUCAUGGUGCUUGUUGGGAUUUUCACUAAAUUGGGACUGGAGAAGGCUCAUAGACCACAGAGGGAAAAUAUGUCAAGGGCUCUUGCUGAUGUGAUGCGACAACAGGGUCAUUGCGGAACAGAACACAUGGAAAGAGAUACAAACCUAGUCGUUCAUGUGCAACAUUAUGAAACCAUGCCGGCACGAUCAUCUGCUAAUAACUUGCAUUCAUCAAAGAUUAAUAAUGUGGUUCCGACGUCUCCACACCUACCACAGAUGGCACAUCCACAUUCCUAUCCAACAAUGGGGCAAAUUUCAAAUCCAUAUGAGCAACAGCCCCCUGGAAAGGAACUUAAUAAGUAUGCAUCUCUAAAGGCUGUUGCUGAAAAGGGGAAUGAUGACUUCUAUUCCAAAAGACGGCAUCUUGCAGAGUUAGCUGCAAAAGGAAGCCUUCCCUUACAUCCAGUAAGAGUGGAUAAAGAAAGAUCAUACAGUCCAGAAGGUGGCACCUUGAAAGUAAAUGGACAAAAAGCCAAAGCCAAUAAAAUACACACGCAUCCACUGGCCUCAACAUAUAACCCUGACUACAAAACCUGGGACCACAGUGAGCACUCGCUUCGGAGGCAAGCCUAUGCAACUAAGAAGCACUGCCCAGUAGAGUCUGUGAAUGAACCACUGCAAUCUCAAAAUCAGCAUUUCAAGCAUUCCCAGCCAUACUUUGUUACAAACAGCAAAACAGAGGUUACAGUGUGACAUUUACAAAAUCCCUUAUAACUAGAUGAAAAUACUGUUGGCAUAAAGAAAUGUAAUGUGAAGUCCUGAUGAGCAUCAGUUGAAAGGAGUGGUUUGGAACUGCGACGAUCAGCAAUACAAUGAAGGAAUGGAAUUAGGGACUCCAGGUGUCAUUUCCAGCGAAAAAUAUGAAAACUAAAUUGCCUAACCUUUUUUAAUAUAUUUUCAAGUUCAUAAAAAAAAAAAAAUAGCACAAGCAACACAGCCUUCAUCUCCACAAAAAUCACAUGUUCUUAACUGGGAUGAGAGAGGACAGGUUAUGAUAUAAUGUUAUGAGCCAAUAUUUUUCUAGGAAAAAAAAAAAAAGGAAAAAAAGAUUUCUUGGUAUUGCUAUUUGCAUUGUCAUCACAUUGCACAUUGUGAAAACCCAUUCAACAUAAUAAAAAAUGGCCUUUCCAUUCUUAACAAGCAAAAAAAAAAUGUAAAAAAUUUUUUUCAAGGACUUAAAAAAGACUGUUACGUUCAAAAAGGGAAUGGGGGCUUUCUAAUUGGUGGAAGUUUCCAAGCUAUUAGAAAAAAAUACAAAAAAAAAGACUUUUUAAGGAAGUAGGUUUAAUGGAUUUUUUUAAUUUGAGGAAAAGGUUUGGAAGAUAGAAAAUACACGUUCUUCCUUUUCUGGCGUUCCACUAUUCUAGCAGACAGGAAAACAUUCUGGCCUGUCUAACAUUUUUAAUUCAGUCAUUUUUUUGCCAAUUUCAACUUGCUUAUGACUGGGAAUAUACAGUGUGGGCGGUGCCUUUAAUGUAUUUAUAUUGUUCAAUUAAAAGUCUUGUUUUUUUUUAAAGUGAACUUUUGACCAUUUAGCAGAUUUCCUGACAUUUAGCAGAGUAGUAGUCUUUUCUUUUUUAACAUUGCUGAAAGUUGUUAAAGCAUUUUGCUCUUGUUUGACAUCUUUGCUAAUCAUGAUUGCAAUGUUUGGUCUAGUUAACAUUAAAAAAAAAAAAGAGAGAAAAAUAAAAAAAGUCUGCCUAAAUGCCUUUCAUUUAGUUUUAAAACAAGUUUGAGGUAUCUUUUUAAUGUAUUACUUCAAUUUUGCAUGGAGGCAAAUAAUUUGUAAUAGUUUUAGUCAAUUUAAUGUUAAGCAAUAAGUCAAACUUAUAAUGCUGAAAUAAUGACAUUAAAGGAUAUAUAUAUGUGUCUCUCUUAAAGAUCAUAGAGAAAAUUAUUGACAUGUAUAUGAACAAACUGGGUCAAAGAUUAAUGGAGGAGAAUAGGGUUCUAGGUUAUCUUAACAUAUAAUAUUAAAUAUAAAAGAAAAAAAUAUUCAUAUAUACCAAUCCUUUAGCUAUUUUGUUUAACCACAACACUUUAUUUAAAAAUUCAGCUGCUUUUAUGUUUUAUAACCUUCUGAUGCAUCAUUUAGCUAAUUGCAAUUUUAGCAUCUAGUCAAUGAAAGUCAAUGACGUAUACCAUGUUUGUGAAUUUCAAGUGAUAUUAAAUUUCAUUAGUCAUUAGUUUAGCCUAUUACGUCCUUCAAACUCAACCGUAGAUCAAAAGCAUCGAUUUUCCUAAUUUUAAUAGAUUUCAUGAAUCUUGGGUCAUUAAAGAUGUUUUCAAACAGGAAAAUAAUAAUAGGACUGAGCACUACAAAUGCAAUUUUAAAAAUGUUUAAGGAUUAUUGUAAUGUCCUGAGCUACCCCUCUAGAAAGAGUGACUAUAAUGUGAUUAUUUGUAGUUGGUUUAGGAUUUCAGG